UUUUUAUUUUUUGAUUGGUUUGCAGUCCUCGGUGGCUCAGAAACACGGUACAGCUGUUGUGAAGGUGUCCUUGGCUCUGCCGGGUGUCAGGUCGCCAAGCUUCACGUUCAUGACCAAAAGGAAAACCUAGAGGGCUUUGUGAAGACUUUUGUCAAGUCUCCGCCCCCUGACGGCAAUCAUGGUGUAUUUGCUGUGAACUGUGAGGUGUGCUACACAGCCAAAGGUUUGGAACUUACACAAGUGACGGUGGUUGAUUCCAGCCUUCAGGUGGUCUAUGCUACAUUUGUGAAACCAGAUGAAGAAGUAAUUGACUAUAACACUAGGUUUUCUGGUGUGGUCGAAGAGGACCUGAAGAACAUCAAAACUUCAAUCCGUGAUGUCCAAGCCAUCCUGUUGAACCUGUUCAGUGCUGACACUGUCUUAAUUGGACACAGCUUUGAAAACAGUCUUUAUGCUCUUAAGUUAAUUCACACUUCAGUUGUGGACACAACAGUUCUGUUUCCUCAUCGACUAGGCUUGCCUUACAAAAGAUCCCUUAAGAGUCUGGUGGCUGACUACCUACAGAGGAUUAUUCAGGAUGAUGGUCACAAUUCAAUUGACAAUGCAACUGCCUGCAUGGAACUGGUCCUCUGGAAGGUAAAAGAAGACCUGAAAGGAAGGAAGUAAUCAUUU